CCCGCUCGGCUCCGUCGCUUUCCGGGGCCCGGACGUGCUUGUUCCCGUCUCGAUGUUGCUUCCCGGGGCUGGCGGUGGGUUGGGCCGUUCCCCGCCGGCCUUGGCCGCUUUAUCCCAGGUGCUGCGGCUGGAGCGGAGCCGCCGAACCGGCUUGGUGUUCCCGCUCCAGAACCUGGAGCGCUACCUGGCUCCCGGCGUCGACACGAAGCGGUUCCGCCUCUUCCAGCCCAGCCUGGCCGCACUGCAGCGCGCCGAGGUGCUCUUCAGGUCCAGCCGCGACCACUCCAUCGAUUAUGUCAGCUCCGCCGUCCGGAUGGACCAUGCCCCGUCGCCCACCCUCCCCGAGGUGUGUUUCAUUGGCCGGAGCAAUGUGGGGAAGUCAUCUUUAAUCCGGGCCUUGUUCUCGCUGUCGCCAGAAGUGGAGGUCAGAGUGUCAAAAACUCCUGGCCACACCAAGAAGAUGAAUUUCUUCAAAGUCGGGAAGUACUUUACUCUGGUUGAUAUGCCAGGAUAUGGCUACCGUGCCCCGCAGGACUUUGUGGAGAUGGUGGAGGCCUAUCUGCAGGAACGGCGCAACUUGAAGAGGACUUUCCUGUUAGUUGAUAGUGUGGUAGGACUCCAGACAACAGAUCAUACUGCAGUAGAGAUGCUGGAAGAGUUUGGGAUUCCUUAUGUGAUGGUAUUAACAAAGAUUGACCGAGCUUCCAGGGGACUGUUGUUAAAGAAUGUACUGAAGAUCCAUGAUUUUGUAAAGGAGGAAACUCAAGGAUGCUUUCCUCAGCUAUUUCUGGUCAGUUCUCUGGAGUUUUCAGGGGUUCACUUGCUAAGGUGUUUUGUAGCCCACGUUACUGGAAACCUGCCUGCUGUAGAGGACAGGUGAAAAGACUGGCUCCUGAUCUGCUCAGCUCAUCAAGAACAAAAGCAUGAAGUUCUGCAGCUGCACAUGGAUGAAUUUCCAGAGAUAACACAUCCAUUAUCUGCAUCUGUUCUACCCUGACAGCUGAAGGACAAUACUAACGUCCCAAAUUCUUUAGGGGCACUGUGACAGCUCCCACAGCUGUGUCCCACAGCAGCUGUGUCUGGCUGACAAUACCUGAAGUUGUACAGUUACAAGUUCCAGAAUGAGACAAAGGACUGCCAUCAACCACACUAAUUGUACAAGAGAACUUAGACCAACGCUACUAAGUGCCUAUGUUAAACUCUGGCACUGAGUAUAUACAUAGUCUCAUAGAAUAUAGAACUACAGAAUAUGCUAAGUUGGAAGGUACCCAUAAGGAUCAACUUCAACAUGUCUCAGCAGUGCCAAAUGUGGGUAUAUCAUUGUUAAACUUAUUUAUAUUAAGUGUUUAUACCUCAAAA